CCUAACCAUCACACAAUGGACAUUGACAAGCCCCUCGACGACAUCAUCUCGGCCAACCGCAAGCCCCGCGCGCCCAAGGGCGGCAGCGGUGGAGCCGGCGUUGGAGCUGGUGCUGACCGGGCCAAGCCCCGCGUGAGCAGGGACAGGCGCGACGCGGCGCCGUAUGCCCGCCCGCCGCCCCGCUCGACAGAGGACAAGUGGGUGCACGACGCGUAUGAGGGUGGCUCGCGCCGCGGAGGAGAUCGCCGCGCGUCGGACCGGGAGCGCCGUGAGCCGGCGCCCUUUGUCGGCGCGUCGCCGCGCAUCGAGAUCUCGGGCCUGCACUACGAGGUGACGGUGGACGAUCUCAAGAACAUCUUUGGGGAAGCAGGAACCAUUGUCCAGGGCCCCACAAUCCGAUAUGACCGCUCUGGCCGAUCGACGGGUACCGCCACGGUCGAGUACGCCUCGGCGCAGCAGGCCAAGACUGCGAUCAACAAGUUUGACGGGGCCAUGACCAAGGGCCAAACCAUCACGAUCAAGCCCAUCGCGCCCGCCCGUCCUCGCGAGGAGAAGGGCGGCAAGGACGCCGGUGGCUCGGGCGGUUCGCUCCUUGCUCGUCGCGGCGGAGGCGGCGGCAGCAAGUCUCUCGAGGCGCGGGUCGGCGGUCGGUCCGGCGACCGUGGCGACCAGCGUGGUGACCGCGGCGGUGACCGCGAGCGCAACAGCCGCGGCCGAGGUGGUAGCCGUGGCGGACGUGACGCGCGUGGCGGUGCGCGUGGUGGUGGUGGCGGAGGUGGUGGCGGCGGCGGUGGACGCCGAGGCCCGGCGACUGCCGAGGACCUGGACAAGCAGUUGGACGGAUUCAUGAAGCCGGCGGAAGGAGAUGUCGCCAUGGCGUGA